AUGGAAGAGUUGAAGAGCCAUCUUAUCCGAUCGCAAAGUACUGUUAUCAAGCUGCAGGCUGAACUUCUGGAAAUCAAAUCGAAGCAGUUGGAAUCCGUGCACUCCACCGUCAAGACCGCCAUUUAUAGCAUAUAUGCUCUUAUGACACUGCUACGAGCCACUUUCUUUCUGCUAUUUUUAACAUUGGGGUCUUCUAUAAUUGGCUAUUGGCCCCAGACAAGAUGGCCCGAAGGAAAAUUUGCCCUUCCUUCAACUCGAGUCCAAGGUUGUCCUGAGUCGAGUGACGUCGUAUUCGAGAUAGGUACACGAGUGUUCGACUGUGAAGAUACUAACCCUAUCUCCGCCCACUCCGUGUCAAUGCAUCUGGAACUCCGGCUGGACUUUGAAAAGGAUAUUCAUAUGUCUUUUUGCAGUAAAACUGUUACCUUAAAGGACAAAGACCUGACGGGAGGCCCAUGGCCCAGUGGCCAGUAUUGUUUCUACCAAGUUGAUAACAGCUGUCCGGAUGGUUUUGAAGAUGGUUGGAUACUAUGGCAGGACGAGAGGAACCAAAACAGAAACUCGUGGCGGGGUAUAAUGCCUACCGGUCAGUACGAUCUUCCAGCUCAAACCAAGAUGAACUUCUGUUGCAUGACCACCGGCGAUCCAGACAUUCCUGUGGAACUGCCCAGAAGCAGGAAUUUCGCCCUGUUAAAAUAUGGAGACAACUGUCAGAAAGUGGAAGGGACGCAGGUUGAAACCGAGUAUAUUCUUUGGGACAACGACGAGAGAGACUGGAGUCAUAUCAGCCGAGAAUCGGCCGAGAUUCAGCCGAGAUUCGGCGGAACAAUCCCACAAGAGGGGGUCACUGACCUGGGAGAUGUGAAGUUGGAGUUCUGUUACUACACCAAGAUCCCUUAUUGCGGCAACCCUGGUGUUCCCGAACAUGGCCAGGUUGAGGGAGAAGAGUUUAACGAGGGCAGCACUCUGACCUUCUCCUGUGACGAGGGUUACAAACUGGAGGGUUACGAUCGGAUCACGUGUUUGAGUCAAGAACUGUGGAAUGCUGAGCUGCCCUCUUGUCGAGGUGAGAUUUGA